UCAUUAAAAAUUUAAUGUUUUAAAUUUUUUUUUUUUUAAUUCAGUUAAUGUAACAAAAAAUCUUGCUAAAAAAUAUUUAUUUAUGCCGCUACCAUGUGAUCUGCCGACUAUAAGAUUCUAGAGGCCUUACGCAAUUUCUUCACCAUGAGUAUGCAAUAGUGAUAUCAAUGUUGAAAUGGCGUUUUCGAUGUCGAAGUUGCAAAUUCUUUCGCUUUAUCGAAGCUUGCUGAGAGAAAGUGCCAAGUUUUCUUCUUACAAUUUCAGGUCAUAUUUUCUACGUCGCAUCAAAGACGGAUUCCGCGAAGGCAGGGUACUACAGGAUCCAGCUAAGGUCAAAGCAGAGCAGGACAGGGCAACGAAUCUCCUGGAAGUCUUGAAGAGACAGGUGGUGAUUCAGAACAUGUUCGAGCCUGGCCCUCUGGUGAUUGAAAGGAAGUGAUCACCUCACCCUUGUGCAGUCAUCAGUCUCAGGAGGCGGGUAGUUGACGUGACCCCGUAGCGGUGACCGUAGCCUCGUGUGUGAGCCAUGUCUCAGCCGGCGCCUGUCGAGGGGGAGACUGUGGUGGCCACGGAGACAGUGACGGUGCCGGCCGAGCCCGCCGAGACGGGCCAGCCGACCCUCCACCUGCGCCUGGUCCGGCCCAACAACCCCCGCAGGGUGGGCUGGCAAUCUGGCACAAUCGACAACGAACACAUGAACAAGAAAAAGUCCAAGUGCUGCUGCGUGUACCGGAAGCCGAAGCCGUUCGGGGAGAGUAGCUCGGAUGAGGAGGACGAGUGUAAGGCCUGUAUCGGCCACCGGCAGCACAAGCAGCCCGCCAGCAGCGACGCCGGACAGUCGUCGGGCACGCCGCAGGCUCAGGGCUCUGGCUGAGGGCUCCUUACUCCGUGGUAGGACGGUUCGAUUGUGUGAUGGACAGUUUCGGUUGACAUCGGCCGGAACAGGUCCCUCUACUUAUGCCACCGCUGCUAAUCCUUGUUUGGAUACUGAUGCAUAGUUCCGAGAUGCCGACGCCAUGUAGGUGAACGAGUUGGGCACCCGUGUUGAUGUGUACUAACGCGCGUUCCCCGUUAGUUUUUGAUCUGUCACGUUUGUUGCGAGUGCAUGCGCCGAUGUAAAGCGUCGCCUCAAUGCCCGGGUCAUUCAGCGGUGGCUUGGUGGAUUCGCUGUCCGCUGAACAAGUUUCUUCCAUGAAGGAUAUGUGGCUAGAUGCCCCACGCGUGUUUUAGCUAACGAUGUAUCCGCUUGGUGUAAAAAUUAUGUUUUGGAAACCACCUAUAUGAUAUGAAAUGAACGACGAUAAAAUGUAAUACAGAGAUUGAUCAUGACAC